CUCGGGGUUGCACGUCGCAGGAAUUUCGGCGUUCUCGCAUCCGAAGUUGCCGAGAACUUAGUUCUCGUAAUUCUGUGAUUAUUACUGGUGCGUGCCUACAUUGAGGGCGAUACGUGAUUCCGGUCUUGGGUUGUGAAAGGCGAGGGUUAUGGAGUCCGUAGUCCAAUAUUUACUCCUAGCUCUGGCUCUGACCUCCGUGCAAAUAUCCUUCACCGAGAGCAGGCUAAAUGAGAAACGCCGCGAUAAAACAGAAAGGAGACACCACACGGCCCAGCUCAACGAUAACAUCUGCGACAUAUCCGACAGAGAAUCCAAAGUGCACUGCUAUUGUGAUAAUAAUGAAGUAAAAACUGCAACCAAAGCUGAUUGUUGGGUCUUCAACGGAGGAAUUAACGAAACUGAUCCGAUUUGGUCAAGCUUCAAUUCACAACCACAUCUAGAAAAACUCAACUUCAACGUCAGAUCGAAUGGCGCUUUGAAAUUCAUCCCACUACACGUAAUACACCACUUGAAGAAACUCCAAAAGCUGUACAUUCAUUACGCAACUAUCAGCAAAAUAGAGAAGAGGACAUUCUCAAACAUGACUAUUUUAAAAGAGAUAAUGCUGACGAACGACAAAAUAACCGAGCUAGAUUUUUCUUCCUUCACCAACUUACCGGUGCUUGUAAACUUAACUAUAAAAAAUAACAAAGUGACUGAGAUUCAACGCGACGUGUUUGUGGAUUUGCCGGCUUUGCGAUACCUGGAUUUAUCGUUCAACAACAUAAAUCUGGCUCACGAAGGUUGUUUCGAACAUCUCACGGUGCUGAGUGAUCUAAUCCUAGAAGGCAAUUCGAUUACCGUUCUCAGCAGAGAGACUUUCCGAGGGUUAGCUAAUUUGACGCGAUUAGAUCUCAGAUCUAACAAGUUAACAAUGAUCGGAGAUUUCACUUUCGCCGAAUUGUGGAAUUUGAAUGAGCUCCUGUUGGAUAAUAAUGAGUUGGAAUAUUUACGUGAAAGAGCUUUCGACGGGCUCGCUCUGCUUCAGAAAUUGUCUAUGACCGGGAAUAAAUUAAGGUCCAUAAAUGAUCGGCUUUUAGAAGGCGUUAGGGGACUUGAGUUAUUAGAUUUGAGGAACAAUGAGCUUGAGUUCUUUACGUUAGAUACGGUUAAACCGAUACUCGACAACUUGAAAGCGAAGACUGCGGUCCUUUAUCUGAGCGGUAACCAAUUAACUUGCGACUGUCGCUUGUCGUGGAUCCACGUACUGCGGAACGAGACUAAGAGCGAACCGCUCAUAAGCGCGCUAGACGACGUGACCUGCGUGCAGAAACUAAGUAAAGAAGUACCCAACGACAUCUCACAAACUUACGACCAGAAACACAGUUUCGAAAUAGAAACUAACGCUGAGGUAUUCCAGCAGGAUGAGGAGGAAAUCUACGAAGAAGCCAGUCCAGCGUACAAGCUCGAAGCUACCGCUCCACCAACAGUUGAACAAGUUGUGGUAUUAGAUAUCCCUGUACAAGCGUUAAAGUGCUUGCAAGAUAUGCCACAAAACGGAGAAGACUCGUUAAUGUUGUCCUCAAAGGACGAGAGCUACUGGCGACCGAGCUCAAGCUUCAAAAUCCUUUCAAAUCUCUCAUUAGUGCUCACUCUAGUCACUAUAAGUUUUUUAAAUUAAACGCAAGCGAAACUGGACUUUAAGGGAACAAUGUGUUGCGCUUGUUUUGUGAGAAUUUGUAAGUCUGCCGUUUCUUCUGUAGUUCGUAAGGAUGAAGACUGGUUAAUUGUAUUUAAUUAAAUUAUUUUGUAGCGAUAACUUUGGUGGUUGUGAGUCGGCUUGCUCGGAAGUCUUAAAACAGUAGUGUUGGUCAAUUUAUAAUUGAAAUUAAGACAGUGAAAAUGUUAUGCAGUUAUUUUAAAGCCCUCCGCUUAAGUAUACAAUUAGAAAAUGUAAUUAAUGCGUUUUAAAAUUAACCGGCACAGAAAAUCAUAAAAUAAAAAGGAAAAGUUAAAUAUAAAUUUGAAAAGCUGAAGCAUUUACCAUCAUAGGACUAAUUUUUGUAUCGGUUACAUUUUAAUUUGUUCUCCUUAGUAUAAUAAUGAAACUUGGUAGCUAUACUUAGUUACAUGCAGAGUUACCGCUUAAGUUGAGAAACUGUGACGGAGCUUUACACAGAAACUAGGAAACUAAUUUCUAAAGCCUGGCUUUGGCAUACAUUAACUUGAUUAACCCAAUAUGAGGCAAAUACUAUACAUAAACAAUGUUUUGAGAAUGCUAUCAUAUAUUUCUUUAAGGAAAAUGGUAAGUAGUAGGGGAGACCAAGGUGAGUUGUGACAGAGGAGAGUUGUGACAUUGUCGAUUUUUUGGAAUCUAUUAUAAGUUGUGAGCUAACAAACGCACACUGUUGCGAGCUCACUAACAGUUAUUAGAUUCCAAAAAAUCGACAAUGUCACAACUCUCCUCUGUCACAACUCACCUCGGUCUCCCCUAACGGUAAUGAAAAAAUACAUUCUAUUCGUAAUUGAUAGAAAAACAUUAAUUGUGUCCAAAUCAGUAAUCUGCUAUCAAAAUUAAACCAAGAACAUUUAAAUCUAAUAAUUUUUAUUCUAAUUAAAUCAUUAUUUCGAAUUUUAAUUAUGUAUUUGGUCCCUAUCGUUCGUAUCAAAAAAACGACACUUGACUGAAAAGAUAUCUGUUAUUUAUAUGACUACACUGUAUAAAAUACGAUUGUGAGUUCCCGAUAUUUGGCAGUGUCAUCGUCACAAAAUAGUCACAAGGUUACCCCGUAAUCCGAUGAUGAUGAAUGUUGUAAUAUAUAAGCUUGAAAAGAAUUAUCAAUUUUUUUAACUACUUGCAUUUCUUAUAUUUAUUGUAUAUUUUGUAUUAUUUUGUGCUGCUGAUAUCUGUCUGUAUAAGUCAUAGUGUAGGAAAUAAUUAUUCAGACCUAGAUUUUGCCAUACUAAUAGAUUACCAGUGAUCGGUUUUAAUUAUUAGACCCUUUGUGUAUAUCAUUAAAUAAAAUAGAAGCUUUACUGACUCAAUUUAGUUUAAGAGCUGUAAAUAUAUUACUUAGAUUUAAAUUUAAAAUAACCAUCAAAUUUGGAUUGAGAAAAUAAAGUAAUUAAUUAAAUCGA